AAAGGAUCAUACACUAAACCCACAAAACUUAUACUUACAAAAGAAAAAAAAACAAAUAGAGAAUGGAAGUCUCUUCUGGUGACCUUGAAGUUAAGUCUCCAGCUGACAAGUUCUUUAGAUCUGUCACCGAAGACAUAAACGGCCCUUUUGACAACAUAGAGGAUAAGAUGGAGACGAUAAAUUUGGAGGAUAGAACAUUGACGAUGAGAAUGAGUGGCUGUCUAAUCUCGGAAAGUUACAAGACGGUCAAAGCAACCAUCACGGUCAGUCCUAAGGAAGAUGGGGAAGGUAGCCGCGUGGCAUGGAAAGUUGAGUUCGAGAAGAUUCGUCAUGACAUCGAAGAUCCACUCUUGAUUAUCGACACUCUUAUCGACGUUCUUGUCAAUUACUUAAAGGAGACCGAUGGAAAUCUCCUUCAAUAAGCGUUUCUAAACCAAAAGGUUCGAUUUUAUAUAUGGAAUGAUGAAUAAUCUAGUUAAGAAAUUUAAAAGUGAAUUUAAACGGAACGUAUGUGUGUGUGUGUGCGUGUGUCUACGUUUAUCGCAGUAUAUUUAGUUACGUUUGGCACUUUGGUGUAUAAGCUCGUAUGACUUUCAAAUUGCAAUAAAUCUU